GCCAUCCAGUAUCAUGAAAGUCAUCUGAAAAUUGCCAAAGAAGUGGGAGACAAGGCUGGAGAGGGAAUCUCCUACUGCAAUCUCGGCAAUGCUUAUCGUGGCCUAGGAGAUUUCAAAAGAGCCAUCCAGUAUCAUGAAAGUCAUCUGAAAAUUGCCAAAGAAGUGGGAGACAAGGCUGGAGAGGGAAAGAGUUACUGCAAUCUCGGCAAUGCUUAUGAUAGCCUAGAAGAUUUCGAAAGAGCCAUCCAAUAUCAUGAACGUCAUCUGAAAAUUGCCAAAGAAGUGGGAGACAAGGCUGGAGAGGGAAAGAGUUACGGAAAUCUCGGCAAUGCUUAUGAUAGCCUAGGAGAUUUCAAAAGAGCCAUCCAGUAUCAUGAAAGUCAUCUGAAAAUUGCCAAAGAAGUGGGAGACAAGGCUGGAGAGGGAAAGAGUUACUGCAAUCUCGGCAAUGCUUAUCAUAGCCUAGGAGAUUUCAAAAGAGCCAUCCAGUAUCAUGAACGUGAUCUGAAAAUUGCCAAAGAAGUGGGAGACAAGGCUGGAGAGGGAAAGAGUUACUGCAAUCUCGGCAAUGCUUAUCGUGGCCUAGGAGAUUUCAAAAGAGCCAUCCAGUAUCAUGAAAGUCAUCUGAAAAUUGCCAAAGAAGUGGGAGACAAGGCUGGAGAGGGAAAGAGUUACUGCAAUCUCGGCAAUGCUUAUGAUAGCCUAGGAGAUUUCAAAAGAGCCAUCCAGUAUCAUGAAAGUCAUCUGAAAAUUGCCAAAGAAGUGGGAGACAAGGCUGGAGAGGGAAAGAGUUACGGAAAUCUCGGCAAUGCUUAUCAUAGCCUAGGAGAUUUCAAAAGAGCCAUCCAGUAUCAUGAAAGUCAUCUGAAAAUUGCCAAAGAAGUGGGAGACAAGGCUGGAGAGGGAAAGAGUUACGGAAAUCUCGGCAAUGCUUAUCAUGGCCUAGGAGAUUUCAAAAGAGCCAUCCAGUAUCAUGAAAGUCAUCUGAAAAUUGCCAAAGAAGUGGGAGACAAGGCUGGAGAGGGAAAGAGUUACUGCAAUCUCGGCAAUGCUUAUCGUGGCCUAGGAGAUUUCAAAAGAGCCAUCCAGUAUCAUGAAAGUCAUCUGAAAAUUGCCAAAGAAGUGGGAGACAAGGCUGGAGAGGGAACGAGUUACGGAAAUCUCGGCAAUGCUUAUUGGGGGUUGGGAGAUCUAGAAAGAGCUGUUAACCUAUAUCGUUCUUGUGUGAUAAUUUUUGAUGCCAUCCGAGCCAAUCUGCGGUUCAGAGAUGAUUGCAAGAUUAGCUUCCGCGACAUGCAAAGAAACGUAUAUACUAGUUUGUGGCGUCUUCAUUUGGAACAAAAUCAAAUUUUGCAUGCGCUUCUAUCUGCUGAACAAGGACGUGCACAGGCUCUAAAUGAUCGGAUUUGUCUUAGAUAUGGGUUGAAAGAAAUACAACCUCGGCCUCACACCCCAGGGAAUUUUGAUUUUGAUGUUCUUGUAAGCGGUGCUGUUUCAAAUACAGUUUUUAUGGCUGUAGAUAAUAAGGAAUGCAAGAUAAUCUACUGGUUUAUUAACAGCUUUCAAGAUAUUCAAUUAAGAAGUAUUGAAAUAAGUAAUUAUGGCUCGUUCGAAGAUGUCAAUACCUUUAUUGGAAGCUUAAUGAACACAGCAUCAAGAGAGUUUAAAAGAGGUGUUAUUAAAUGCGAAGAUCGCUCUCUUGAUGAGCCCUGUACUGAAGAAUUGGUGAAGAAAAGGUCAGGUCAUGCUGAUUUCUCUACUGAAUGCUCACCGAAAACUGCUCUACGGAUGUUGUAUGACGUUAUCAUUGAGCCGAUUGGUGAUCUCGUUAAUAGCAAUGAACUUAUCUUUGUUCCCGAGAGUUCAUUGUGGUCAGUCCCUUUUGCUGCAUUGAUGGAUUCCGAGUCAAAUUAUUUGUGUGACUCUUUCCGAGUUCGAACGAUUCCAUCCCUGACUACUUUGAGGUUGAUAAACGAUUACCCAGACGACUUCCACGCGAAGAAAAGUGCUUUACUCGUGGGUGAUCCAUGUUUGGAGGGGGUUUUUUUCGAGGAGAGGACGCUCGAUUCACUGCCAUGUGCAAGAGAAGAAGUGGUGAUAAUCGGCAGAAUCCUUGGUGCUGAUCCGCUUAUUGGUGAAGAAGCAAAGAAAGAUGAAGUGUUGAGGCGACUUCCCUUUGUUGCUUUGGUGCACUUUGCUGCACAUGGCCGAAUGGAAACGGGCGAAAUUGCCUUAGCGCCACGAAGUACUUGCCCAUCAAAGCCCUUUGUUGAGGAGGAUUUUAUUCUAACAAUGAAAGAUGUGUGGGAUAUCCGGAUACGAGCAAGGCUGGUUGUGUUAAGUUGUUGUCACAGUGGUCGUGGAGAGAUUAAGGCUGAGGGAGUUGUUGGAAUUGCAAGAGCAUUUUUGGGUGCCGGUGCUCGCUCUGUUCUCGUGUCGCUGUGGGCGAUUGAUGACGAGGCUACUCUUGUGUUUAUGAAACAUUUCUAUGAAGAACUGGUUACUGGGAAGCUUGCAAGUGAAGCUCUUAACCAAGCUAUGAAGAGCAUGAAAGAGUCUGAAGAGUUCAGCGAUGUGAAGUACUGGGCACCCUUUGUACUCAUUGGGGAUGACGUCACACUGGAAUUAAAUUGAAGAUAGCAUUUUGGAUAUUGUCAAAUACGCCUCUUAUCUUGUUCGUAGAAGAGACAAGAUCCUUGCUGAUGGUUUUUGGCAACGAUUUGAAACCAAGUUCUCCGACGACAGGAAUUUCCUCAGUAUUUUCAGCGAUAUAGCUUGGUUUUAAAAACAAAAUGUCGCAGUUUUCAAACGUCCUAAUUAUCUUGGCACUUAACGACAUUGUCUGUCAGUAGAAAAAAAAACUGAACGAGUUGCUGAGUUAGGUCUUUAAGGCGAAAUCUAAGUUUGAAACUUUUGUAUCAAUAACCUUAUUUUAAUUCCUUGAUACAGAGUAUGAAAGACACAACAGUGCGUUGCAGAAUAGUAGGUGAACUAUGGUAGAUUGUGCUUGUGGCUUACAAUUGAAUUUUAAAACAUUAAUUCCAGUCUACUGAUUACGAUUGAAGUAGUUGAAGUAUUUCAAAAGACUCAAGAAGUGGUGCGCACUUCCUCAGUUAAAAAAAUUGUGGCGAAUUCUUUUUUUCUUUCUGGAAUGAGUUGACAGAAGUUAAACUUCGAAGAUUUGUUCACACAAUUUAUUUCAAAGGAUCAUGUACUUUAUUUGUAGAGCCAAGCAGUUUAUCUCGAUAAGAGGUCGCGUUCGUGAUGUUUUUCAAUUUGAAACUUACGAAUGUUUCAUUUUUAUUGUAAAAUUGAAUUAAUUUUUAAGUUGCAAUUUCCUUUCUUGGUUAAUUACAGCACCGAGGCAGUUUCUAUGCAAAUUGAACGUUAAAGUUUGUAGUUUAUAACUGUGAAUAUAUGACAAUCAUAUAUGUAUAUAUACUCCAUAUUAACUUCAUUACAGCGAAGAUCGCUUUCAUAUUCAUUAUCUUUAUUAUAGUUUCAGUAUUUAGUUUUUGGUUUUUGGUGCUUAGAAGAGAGUUUUGAUAUCAAGUCAAGAUCCUUCGGUCUUUCAAAUUUCCUCGAGUUGGAUUCUUCUUUCCCCAUGCCCUUUCUAUAGGGACAGUUUUUGUAACGAAUUAGGAACAGUGAUUGACUCGAAAAGUUAUUGUAAUCUCUUUGACUUUGUUAUCAUGUGAAAAUAUAAAGUCUCUAACAGAA